AUGAACCUGGAGGACGCAGGCUCCCCCUUGCUCCUCUGGCUCGUGAAGCCGUACAUCGACUGCUUCAACAGCACCAAGCAAAGAUUCAGCUACUGGUCCUUGGUGAAAAUUUGGUCCAGCUGGGAACUUCCUGACUUGCGAGAAGGGAGAGUAAAAGCCAUCAGUGACUCUGAUGGUGUGAGCUACCCCUGGUAUGGGAACACCACAGAAACGGUGACCUUGGUUGGGCCCACUAACAAGGUCUCCCGGUUCUCAGUCAGUAUGAAUGACAAUUUUUACCCCAGCGUGACGUGGGCUGUCCCUGUGAGUGACAGCAAUGUGCCCCUGUUGACCAGGAUUAAGAGGGAUCAAAGCUUUACUACGUGGCUAGUAGCCAUGAAUAUGACCACCAAGGAGAAGAUCAUCCUGCAGACUAUAAAGUGGAGGAUGCGUGUUGACAUUGAAGUGGAUCCUUUGCAGCUCCUGGGGCAGCGAGCACGACUAGUGGGAAGGACUCAUCAGGAGCAGCCCCGGAUUCUGAGCCGAAUGGAACCCAUCCCGCCAAAUGCACUAGUGAAACCCAAUGCCAAUGAUGCCCAAGUCCUCAUGUGGAGACCCAAACGAGGCCAGCCUUUGAUAGUGAUACCUCCCAAGUAGAUGGUGUGUGGUGUUGAGGGCAUCGUUGUUGUUGGUAUGGCGCAAAUGAACUGGGUUUUUGAGCCAAAGCAGACCUCUGGUGAAUGGAAACAGAGUUCCUCCUUUUUCAGAAAGAAUAUGGUACCUGGUAGUGGCCAAUGCUACGUCACAGAAGAGGAAUCACACAGCUGAUGGACUUCUGAUGACAUACCUGGGGGAUUCUGUACUUCUAGGGUAUUUUGGCUGAAAGAGGCUUUCUUACCUGAAUAACUCAUAUUCCCUUGCCAUAACAUGCAAGGAAUGAGAAUAU